CCAGACUGACCGGAGGCUGAGUUUGCGGAGGAGGGUGCAUCAACCAGCGAAGGGAGAGCGUCACAAUGGGUAAUAAAGUCGUCGCCUUCACUGAAGAACAGCUCGAUGAAUACCAGGCCUGUACCUUCCUCUCAAGAAAGGACAUCUUGAGAGCGCAGCGCAUGUUCCGGCAGCUGAGCGAGUGCCAUCUGCCCCCUGUAGUGGAGCGCGAGUGUGCCGCCUCUCUCACUGUGCCUUAUGCUGCUCUCGACACGUUAACGGAACUCAGGGAGAAUCCCUUUCGACGGCGAGUGUGCGAAGUGUUCAGCACCAACGCAUCGGCUUCCCUCACGUUCGACCAGUUCCUUGAGAUGUUCUCGGUGUUCAGCGAGCACGCGCCGAGGGACAUCAAGGCGAUAUAUGCCUUCAGGAUAUAUGAUUUUGACGGCGAUGGAUUCCUCGGCGAGUCGGACCUUCUGCACACUGUGAAGCAUCUUUCCCAUGACUUGCUAACCCCCGACGAAUACAACACUAUUGUUGCUAAGGUGUUGGAGGAAGCAGACGUGGACUGCGACGGACGCCUCUCUCAGUCGGAGUUCAUUCACGUGAUCCUGAAGUGUCCUGAUUUCGUGCCCAAUUUCCAUAUCAGGAUCUGAGCUAUUUCAGCGACGACUCAGGCGAACGGAGCUGCAACUUCGUCCGGUUUCAUUUGAUUAAUGGAAACUAAUUUUCUUCUGCUUUAUUAAUGUAUUUAUAACCCAGCUGUGAGGAAAUAUAACGCAAAUUUGCAUUG